AUGGAUCAAGAUCGCCUUAAGCUUCACUCGUACUUUGCACGCCUGUGCGACCAUACACAAGCGACACACGUACACACAUCAUCUCGUUUGCCCGAUACAUCCAUCUUGACAAGUUCUUUUGUUGAAGCAAUGGAUGGCAACAUGUGGCGCUCAAAAACAUACCGAAAGCUCAUCGCUCCAGACAAUCCAUCGGAUAACUCCUCUGUGUCAUGGACUACAUUUUGGCGUACAUCUAUGAAUCAUACAGCACGGAAUGUUUGGUAUCGCCUUCUUCACGAUCGUCUUCCUACUUCCAGUCGUGUUCAUCACAUCGCUCCUGCUUUUGUCACCUCUCAUCUCUGCCGUAUUUGCUUAACGACGUGUGAUGACGAUUUUCAUUUUCUCAUGGGAUGCCCCAAAAAAGGCGAAGUUUGGCAACAGGUCUGGAGACCCAUCCACUUUGCGGAUCCGGAUCUCUCAUCGCUUUUUCAAUGUCUUCGUACCGCCCAAUUUCCUGGUUCUGCUCAACAACAACGACAACAAGCUACCCUUUGUUCAUGCAUUCUCCAAGCCAUAUGGUGCGCCCAUUGGGCUUUCAUUUUCAACAAUACCACUUUUAUCUCUAUAGCCGUGGCUGCACAUGCCAGCCAUCUGUAUUCUUCUUUAUCAGUAUAA